AUGGCUCCAAACUCUAAAGCUACUAAUGCUAAAAAAUCAGUCCUCAAAGGUACUAACGCCAAAAAGGCUUUAAAAGUUAGAACCGAUACUACUUUCCACUUACCAAAAACUUUAAAAUUAGCUAGAUCCCCAAAAUACGCUAGAACUUCAGUUCCUCACUAUACUAGAUUAGAUGCUUACAAAAUUAUUGUUUCUCCAAUCGCCACUGAAACUGCUAUUAAAAAAGUUGAAGAUGGUAACAUUUUAGUUUUCCAAGUUGACUUAAAAGCUAACAAACAUCAAAUCAAAUCUGCCGUCAAAGAAUUAUACGAUGUUGAUGUUGAAUACGUUAAUACUUUAGUCAGACCAAACGGUACCAAAAAAGCUUACAUCAGAUUAACCGCUGACCACGAUGCUUUAGAUGUUGCCAACAGAAUUGGUUACAUUUGA